CACUAACCAUUCAACUGACUGACAAGAUUAUUCACCUGGAAAAGUUAACUGAGGUUACUUGGAUUCAUGGUGACCCUGUAGUUACUACUUCACCUAUGACAAGUACCUUUCCAAUGAGUCCUCAUCCUUCUCCAUCAACUACUAAGGCUACCACUUAUGAGACUUUUAAUACUAGUUCUGCUGGUACAAGUACUGAUGCUCCUAGCACUAGUACUGUUUUUAUUACAACUAUUCCUUCCCUGACAACUACUGCUACUGUUAGCACUAGUACUAUUGUUCCUGACACCAUUACUCCUUCCUCUGCAAGAACUACUGAAGAUAGCACUAGUAUUACUGUUCUUAUUACAACUCUUUCCCCAAGAAGUACUACUGAUGUUAUCACUAGCACUACUAAUACUACUGUUUUGAAUACAACUCUAUUCCUGACAAGUACUACUCAUGCUUAUAGUAUGAGUACUUCUGUUUUGGACACAACUGAUCCUUCCCUUAUAAGUACUACUGAUGCUAGCAUUGAUACUACCUUUUCUAAUACAACCACUCCAUUCCUGACAAAUACUACUGAUGCUGGCACCAGUACUGCUAUUCUUAUUACAACCCCUUCUCGUAUAAGUACUGUGGAUGCUAGCACUGAUACUACUGUUUCUAAUAUAACUACUUAUUCUCCUACAAGUACUACUGAUGCUAGCACUAACACUACUGUUUCUAAUACAACUACUCCUUCCCCUACAAGGACUACUGAUGCUAUGACUACUCUUUCUCCUACAAAUACUCACACUGCUAGUACUAAUAAUACUCUUUCUGUUACGACUAAUCCUUUUCCUAUAAGUACAAGUGUUACUAGCACUAGUAAUAUUGUCCUUAUUAUGACUACUCUUUCUUCUUCAAGUACUGAUGCUGUUAGUACAAGUAUCACUAUUCCAUUAAUGACUACUUCUUCCACUCCUUCCUCCACUCCUACCCCUAUUCCUAUGUCUACUCUUAACUCUGCUACUUCUAUUUUGAGCCCCUUUCCAACAAGUAAUACACUUACUACUGAUAUAAUUACUAAUUUUACUAUGCCUACUAAAGCAAACACCACUCAUUUUAAUACUCUGGAUACACAAAGUACUGUGGUAAUAGAUGCUACAGCUGCUGCUACCAGCACCACAAAAAGUACUACAAGCCCAGUUACAAUACUUACUUCCACAGACAGACAAAUUUACUGCAUAUACCAAACCUGCUGCAACAGAUUGUAUAAGCUCACCUUUUCCUGAAGGAACAACUGCCACCUCCCUUAGCACCACAUGUACUACAAGCACUAGCUAUGCAUUAGUUUCCACAAAUCUGGACAAUGGAACCUCUUCCACCAUAACGAACUCAAUAAGUAGCCCCACUACAAACAGGAUAAUUACUGGUACACUUCGCUCCAUAGAUACUACCUUUGCUACAGUAGCUGCCACAGACAUACCAUUCUCUACUACUCAAAGCUCUCUUUCUUUUCCCACAGCAGGCCUUAU